CUGCUAGUCUAGUAGCGCGCUGCACACGCUGACACGCGAGGGCGAGGCGGAGGAAGCCAGCGCGGGCGCGCAGUGGUAACCGUCCCCAAGCGCAGGCGCAGCGCGUCGUCUCGCCUCGCCACGCGCUAAGCCAAAAUCACAUCACAUCACAUGCUCGCUCGCGCAGGCCGGCGCACCUACCCUCCUCUGCUCGGCUCCAAUUCCGAACCAGCAAAUCGCGCCGCCGCCGCCGCCCGCCGCGCCGCGCUUCUAGCCCCACCCACCUCUGAUCCCACUCGCCGCAUCCCUCCCGCACGUUAAGUAUCCGUAUCGGCUCCCCUCUGAUCUGAUUCCCCCGCGCCUGGCUGCCUCUCGCCGACGCCGAGGCCGUCGUCGCCGAAUCUCGCGCUCGCGGUGCGGAUCUCGCGCCUCGGGUAGGCGUGGGCGCGAUCUGGGGAUUGGGAUGAGAGGGGGGCGCCGGCGAUGAGCGGCCCGGCGGCGUCUCUGGGGCUGCGGUCCGGGAGCUACGGCUCCCUAGCGUCCGUCGCGGGCAGCGGCGCCGGCUGCGUGGGGAGGAAGGCGGGAGCCAGGGGGUGGGCGUGGCGCGGGGAGAAGGAGCGGCUGCAGCUGCUGCACCGCGCUCUGCGGCUGGUCGGCCGGCGCAGGGCCGGCGUGCUGCUGCUCCUCGCCGUCGCGUCCGCCGCCGUGUUCUGCUCCCUCUUCGCCGUCGUCAAAGAUGACAGUAAUUUAAUUAGCAUUGUGAAUAAUUAUGAAGUCCCAAAUGCCAUACAGAAGUCAGUGUAUCCCAGCACAACGCGGCCUCUAAUGAUGUCUGGAGGCCAAUAUUCCACCAGUGUUGUUAACAAAAUUGAGCUUCCAAAUCGGCUUCAUCUUUCAUAUGCAAACUUUACGUAUCCUUGUGAAGGUUUCUCAGUUCCUCCUCCCCUGGUUGAUAAGAAACGCACUGGACCCCGGCCAUGUCCUGUUUGCUAUGUCUCCGUAGAUCAGGCAUUUGCCCUGAUGCCUCUACAGGCUUCACCAUCUCCUGUCCUAAAGAACCUAAAUUAUGUAUCUGAAGACAGUAUCACUGCAAAUUUAUCAAAUCAGGGCUCUGGAUUUGGAGGACAUCCAUCUCUGGAGCAGAGAAAUAAAUCUUUCGACAUUAAUGAAUCAAUGACUGUCCACUGCGGCUUUGUUAGAGGAGAUAAGCCUGGCAAAGGUACUGGAUUUGACAUCAAGGACGAUGAUCUGCUAGAGAUGGAGCAAUGCCGUGAGCUAGUUGUAGCUUCUGCUAUUUUUGGGAAUUAUGAUAUGAUUCAACAUCCGAGGAAUAUCAGUGAAUUUUCGAAAGCAAAUGCAUGUUUUUAUAUGUUCGUAGAUGAAGAAACAGAGGCUUAUGUCAAUAAUUCUAGUUCGCUGUACAGCAAUAAUAAAAUUGGACUAUGGAGGCUAGUGGUUGCCCGAAACCUCCCUUAUGAAGAUCCAAGGCGUACGGGGAAGAUUCCAAAACUUCUGCUCCAUAGGCUUUUUCCAAAUGUGAGAUUUUCAGUUUGGAUAGAUGCAAAACUUCAGCUCUUUGCGGAUCCCUAUCUCCUGCUUGAGAGAUUUCUGUGGAGGAAUAAUACUACUUUUGCGAUCUCUCGGCAUUACAAACGCUUUGAUGUGUUUGAAGAAGCAGAAGCUAAUAAAGCUGCUGGAAAGUAUGACAAUGCGUCAAUUGAUUACCAAAUAGAGUUUUACAGAAAUGAGGGCCUGGCACAUUAUUCUCCUGCUAAGCUUCCUAUCACAAGUGAUGUCCCUGAAGGUUGUGUGAUCAUCAGAGAACACAUCCCCAUAACAAAUCUCUUCACAUGCCUAUGGUUCAAUGAAGUUGACCGUUUCACCUCCAGAGAUCAAAUAAGUUUCAGCACCGUCCGGGACAAAAUUAGGGCUAGAGUUGGCUGGAUGCCUGAAAUGUUCCUGGACUGUGAAAGGCGCAACUUUGUUGUUCAGGCAUACCACAGGGAGCUACUAGAGCAGAUGAUUGCGUCUGGUAGGAAGCCUCCUUCAGCGACCGACCAACCAUCUCGAAAACUCAGACCAGGUAGCAGGAAAGCUUCUCCAUCAAAGAAACCUUCCGUGAAGCGGAAAAAGGAGAAGAAAUCGAGCUCGCGAAGGCGUCUCCCGAAACCCGUCGCCGGAGGGAUGGGUGUUAUGUGACGUAAGUUCCCCUUCAGCAUAGUCUGGACUCUCUCACUUAUACAGCGGUGUAUUGGGAUGUCAGUUGGUUCCACUAGGGGCAGGGGCUUGUAAUUUUUCCUCGCCAAAAUCUGUUCAUAGUUAUUCUUCAUUGUUGUUGUAAAUAACAGCGCAAAUCAAUAUUCAAUUCUGCUCAUUGAGAUUGGGGCCAGCC